CAAAAAAGAGAAAAAAAGAAAAAGAAAAUCAAUUAGUAUAUGUCAGUUACUUUGACCAUGAAAUGCAAAGCUUUCAAGCUACGGAUCCCCUUCUUUUCCAUCUCCGGCGAAUACAGUAUAAAACCUACCUCGUUGUUCGGCGCCAAAUUGAACUCUCUCUCUCUCUCUCUUCUCUCACGCACACACACACACACACAACUGUUCAAAUCCGGUGCCGCUUUCCAGACAAGUGCAGGACCGUCGGCCCCCUUCUCUCUCUCCCCCCUCUAACAGAAUUCAACAUAAAAAAUGAAUGAAAUUAACUGAAAAGGUUUCAGAAAAGAGGGAAUCAAAAAUCAAAAAAGGAAAAAAAAAAAUGGAGAGUUCUCAACCCAGAUUCUUUAGCGUCCGAAUAGUUUCAAUCGACUACUACAUGGCGCCUCCUGUUCAUGACCUUGACAUUUCUUACAGUACUUUCCACGGUGGGAAGGUGAGCGAGGUACCAGUGAUAAGAAUAUACGGUUCGACUCCGGCUGGCCAGAAGACUUGCUUGCACGUUCAUCGAGCUCUACCUUAUCUUUACAUUCCCUGCUCUGAUGUGGGCCCUGUCACAAAUGAUGAAGUUGAUUCACAAACACAUACUAUAUUUCUUGCCCUUGAGAAGGCUUUGAAGCUCAAAGGUAAUGUUGGCUCAAAACGUCAACAUGUGCACGGUUGCGAUCUUGUUCGGGCAAAGAAGUUUUAUGGUUAUCAUUCUUCAGAGGAUCUGUUUCUGAAGAUUUAUUUCUAUCAUCCACAGGAUGUUUCUCGUGCUGCAAAUCUUCUUCUGACAGGUGCAAUAUUGGAUAAAGUUUUACAGCCUUAUGAAUCGCAUAUACCCUUUCUUCUCCAGUUCUUGAUCGACUACAAUUUGUAUGGGAUGGGUCAUUUGCAUGUUUCAAAGAUAAAGUUUCGGUAUCCUGUUCCAGAUGUUUUCUUUCAGCCGAAAGUUCAGUGGAACGGCAAAACGAGACCAUUGACGGAUGAAUCCGCUUGCAUGGAUUUUCAGGCAGAUUUAGGUGGUGAUUUGUAUGUGAAUACCCCAAUAUGGACAUCUUCUACGAUUCCUGAUGGGUGGAUCUGGCAAGAUAAUUCUCACUUCAGACGUCAGAGUACCUCUGAGCUGGAAGUAGAUGCCGUAGCACACGAUAUCAUAAAUCAGCAGUCGACAUCUUAUGCACCUCUUUCUCAAACCCGUUCAGAUAUUAAAAUGGUUCAGUCACUAGUACCAAUUUGGGAGGAAGAAUAUGAAAGGAACGGUGUGCCUGAGGCCGUGCCUCCUUACUCUGACAAACCAAGUCCGCGAGAUGUAUUGAGGAUUCUGUCAGAUGAAGUUGAGUUUGAAAAUUUUAUGGAAGUGAAAAAUGAUGCAGAAAGCUGGUCGCAUUUGACUCCAGAAUCAAUCAAAUCUUCUGUAGGUUGUGCAGAUUUGGUUGACGCUGGGAUUGCUAACCUCGAGAAUAGCAAUAAUUUGCCUUCCAAAUAUUUCAAAGCAAGUGAUACAAUUGGAUCUUCAUUAUUGUUAGAUUCACCAUUUCAGAAAGUUAAGGCCUCAGAAAUUAUUGAGAUUGAUACAGCUGAUCAACUGCAAAUAUCUUGCACCAUGGGACCAUCGAAUGCAAAGGACACAGAUGAAGAUGCAUUAAGGCUUUUGAAGUGGCUUGCAUCUUCUCAAGCCGAAGGGGAUAUCAACUCUGAUGAUGAACUCGCUCGGGAGACACAUUUAAGUCCCUUAGUACCAUCAAAAGACAUCAACAAGGUUUUAGAGAGAGCCAAUGGUGAGUAUGAGAGUGAAUCCCAGAAAGAGUGUCAAGACAUUCUUGAUUCUAUAGAUAUGAUAAACUUUGACGAGUUGAAUGGUGGGCACAAUAAUUCUCGAGAAGUUAUGUCGAAUAACUUAAUACCUCAAGUGGAUGGCUCCAAUGACGAUCCUCAGUCGACUCCCUGCUGCAAUAAGUCGCUCAAAACAGAUAAUAGUGAAGCAAACCCAAAUGUGGGAGUUCAGUCAUGGCCUGAAUUAGAUUCAAACUUAACCUGUAAGCACAGAAGGAAAAGACCUCGAUGGGGUUCUUUACCUAUUUCUUCUCAGAAAGCGAGCGAUGUUUCACAUCCUAACACAUUUUCCGUUUUGAGUGGAUGUGACAAUGAGAAAAAAGAAGGUUUAGGAACUUCUUGGCUUGGGAAGGAAGCAGAAGAACUUCCACCGGUAAUGCUUGAAUGCUCUACACGAGAUUUGAUGAGGAGAAAGCGGUCUCAUCGAACUGAAAUAUCUGAGUUUGGGAGCCUAGUGGAAGAUUUUAAAGCAGAACCGUACUGUGAUGCUGAGUGCGAGAAAGGAGAUAUACAUCUUGACACAGAUUUUUUGAGUGACAUCGGAGAGAAAAAGGAUCUUCUUUCACCCAUUGAUAAACCUCCUUUAAAAGAUGAGGGGACGACGUGUAAUACAAGGAACAUGAGAUCUACCGUUGAAGUGUGCGAGGCUCUUCUCAAUAAAUCAACCAGUUCUCGUCUUCCGAUUUAUGGAGAAUUGCCUCUAUCCUCUAGCAAGGAUAGCACUGAAGUGGGAAAUAAGUUAAUGAAUGGGAAUCCGGAGCAUGUCAAACGAGUUGAUUCUGGAGAAAGCUGUCGUGGUGAAUAUUCACAGAGCUCUAUGGAUUAUGAUACAAACUUUCACGUCAGUUCUUGCAAGCUUGCAAAUCUUCACGUUCGGCAAAAAGGUGCUUUGGAUUCUUGUAUUGUGCCUUCAAAUAUAGGUCCAAGUGACCUUGUAAAUAGAACUGACUAUACUAGUGAAAGUGGAUGUCAGACCUCAAUCUCUAUGUCUAAGUUGGCUGAAAUUCCGGCUGAGGAUUUGAAGGGCAUGGGAAUGGAAACAACACUCCAGCAGUUCGAAAAUGCACCACAUCAUGAAAGAAGUUUCGACUUAUCCAAGUCUUAUGACGCGUCAAAAGAUAUAAACAAUGACGUUGAAACUGUAAAACUAAUUGGUAUGACCUUCUCGAAGAAACCUCCGAUUAUAGACUGGACAUAUGAGCCUGAGAGUGAAGGUUAUGUGUUGCCUGGGAAUGGGGGCGGUAAAGUAGGACCAUCUCUUGAGGGAAGAUUUGAAGACGGUUGCCUCCCUUUUUUCUCGACGAACUCCCUAGAAGAGGAAGAAAAACUUCAGGGUGUUAGCCCUAGAAACUGCGAGCAUAUUGAUAGCCAUGAACUAGUAAUGGGUGUUCCUGUCAUGCAUCAGAAUGACGGGUCAUAUUUAUUCAUGCUGACCCCUGCAGUUUCACCUCCAUCUCGGGAAUCUGUUGAUAGAUGGUUGUCAUUUGAUUGCGAUAAUAUUUCGGAGCGAAAGCUAGAUGCACCGAUUCUCCCGAUAUCUAAGGGAUUCCCUGGUGAUAUAGUGGAUUCACAGGGUUCUCAGGCUGAUGACAGUAAUUCCCCUUUGACCAGUUCUGCUUCGUAUGAAGAAAAGUCUGAUUUUAAUCAACUACACGAGCUUAAUCAAGGUAACUGCCAUACGGAAGUUAAAACUCUUAACGAGGCUAAGAAAAAAAUAUCAACUGGCUUCUCGCAAGAUAUCUCUCAGAUAUCUGGUCCUGAUAAAACGGUGAGGCUGACUCCAUUGAGUCAAAUUGGUUUUCGGGAUCCAGCAAGUGUUGGUCAAGGGCAGCAACUAACGCUGAUCAGUAUAGAGGUGCUGGCUGAAUCUAGAGGAGAUUUAAGACCCGACCCUCGAUUUGAUGCCGUCAACGUCAUUGUUCUUGUUAUUCAAGAGGAUGAAGAAUCUGCACUCGACACUCACAUUCUUCUGCGUUGUGAUUUUGAUUAUGUUGAAAAGGACCUUGAUGCUGUUUCAGAGUCCAAGCUGUUUGUUUUUACCGAAGAGCUACAAUUGUUUAACCAUUUUACAAAGGUCAUCCGUGCAUCUGACCCAGAUAUUCUGAUGGGCUGGGAUGUUCAAAGUGGCUCCCUUGGAUAUUUGGCCGAAAGGGCUGCACACCUUGGCAUUGGUUUGCUAAAUAAUAUAUCAAGGACACCAUCGAAAAUAAAAGUAGCUUCUGGAGAUUCCAAAACUUCUGAAAAAGAGAUGAUGAAAGGCAUAUUUUCUGAAUCAGUAACAACUGAAGCAGUCAAUUUGGAGAACAUUAUUGAUGAUGAGUGGGGAAGAACACACGCCAGUGGUCUUCACGUAGGUGGAAGAAUCGUGCUUAAUAUUUGGAGACUUAUGAGGAAUGAAGUUAAGCUUAAUAUGUACAGUGUUGAAGCUGUAACCGAAGCAGUUUUGAGGCGAAAAAUCCCGUGUAUCCCUUGGGAAGUUCUGACAGAAUGGUUUUCUAGUGGUCCUGGACGAGCAAGGUACAAGUCUAUUGAUUAUAUAUUAGAGAGAGCAAAGUUGAAUUUGCAAAUCAUGGACCAGCUUGAUAUGAUAAACCGAACAUCAGAACUUGCUCGAGUAUUUGGUAUCGACUUUUUUUCAGUACUAUCUCGAGGUUCACAGUGUCGUGUCGAAUCAAUGUUUCUGCGGUUAGCACAUACACAGAACUAUCUUGCCAUUUCCCCUGGAAGCCACCAAGUUGCCAACCAACCGGCAAUGGAGUGCAUACCUCUUGUUAUGGAGCCGGAAUCUAAUUUUUAUGCAGAUCCCGUCAUUGUUUUGGAUUUUCAGUCGCUUUAUCCAUCGAUGGUAAUUGCAUAUAACCUUUGCUUUUGUACAUGCCUAGGAAAGAUUGCACCUCCGAAGGAAAAUACUCUUGGUGUCAGUUCGUACAUACCAGAUAUUAAUAAUUUACACAAUUUGAAAAAUGAACUACUGAUUACUCCCAAUGGUGUUGUCUAUGUUCCUUCAAAAAUUCGGAAAGGGAUACUACCUAGGCUAUUAGACGAGAUAUUAUCAACCAGAAUUAUGGUGAAACAAGCAAUGAAAAAAUUGGAUGCAUCUCAGCUGGUUCUUCACAGGAUAUUUAAUGCUCGGCAGCUUGCUUUAAAGCUUAUAGCAAAUGUUACUUAUGGAUACACAGCUGCUGGAUUUAGUGGACGCAUGCCUUGUGCUGAGCUUGCCGACAGUAUUGUGCAAUGUGGCCGUAGAACGCUGGAAGCUGCAAUUUCUUUUGUAAACUCAAAUGAUAAGUGGAAAGCUAGAGUGAUAUACGGUGACACAGACAGCAUGUUUGUACUCCUUAAAGGGCGUUCUCUUAAAGAAGCUUUCACAAUAGGACGAGAAAUUGCAUCAGCAAUAACGGAAAUGAAUCCCACUCCCGUCACGUUAAAAAUGGAAAAAGUUUACUACCCGUGUUUCCUCCUUACGAAAAAACGAUAUGUUGGAUAUAGUUAUGAAAGUCCCGAUCAGAGCAAGCCAGUCUUUGAUGCUAAGGGUAUUGAGACAGUGCGAAGAGAUACAUGUGAAGCUGUAUCUAAAACUAUGGAGCAGUCAUUAAGAACCUAUUUUGAAAGUCAUGAUAUUGAUAAGGUCAAAGCAUAUUUGCUGCGUCAAUGGACAAGGAUAUUAUCUGGCAGGGUGUCUCUUCAGGAUUUUAUUUUCGCUAAGGAGGUUCGCCUCGGUACUUACAGUACGCGAACUAGUUCACUCCCUCCAGCUGCAAUUGUGGCCACUAAAACAUUGAAAGCCGAUCCAAGGGCAGAACCUCGUUAUGCUGAGCGAAUACCUUAUGUAGUGGUCCAUGGUGAACCUGGGGCUCGUUUGGUCGAUAUGGUUGUGGACCCACUUGAACUACUUGCCAUCAAUUCCCCUUUCAGAUUAAACGAUGUUUAUUACAUCAGCAAACAGAUAAUCCCAGCUUUACAGAGAGUGUUUGGCCUUGUUGGAGCUGAUCUGAACCAGUGGUUUGUAGAGAUGCCUCGUCCGGCGCGUGAAGCAGUUGGAAAACGCCACUCUCUUGUGACAAAUCCGCAGAGGACAAGAAUUGAUUAUUAUUACGUAUCGAAACAUUGUAUCGUAUGUGGUGAGUUAGUUCAGGGAGGAUCAAAUCAACUUUGUCCAAACUGUUCCAAGGAUGAAUCAAUUGUUGCUACAGCUUUGAUAGGAAGAACUUCGAAACUGGAAAAGGAUAUCCAUCACCUUGCUGCUAUAUGCCGUCACUGUGGGGGUGGGGAUUGGCGUAUUGAAAGUGGAGUGAAAUGCAUUUCAUUGGCAUGUUCGGUUUUCUAUGAAAGAAGGAAAGUUCAGAAAGAGUUGCAGUCGGUGUCGGAAGUUGCUACAAGAACCGGUUUCUACCCAAAAUGUGCGGUUGAGUGGUUUUAACUCUAUCUUAUGUGCCUUAUAUAGACUAUACUUCUUAAAUAUGUAACUACAUACAUAAAUACCUCUUUUGGAGAUGUCCUCCUUGUUGUUGCACUAUUCUCCUUGAACCAAACGGAGCAUAAGUGAUCGCGUUGCUUGCAGUAUAUAUGUUGUAUAAAAUUAUUUUGAUUUUGGGUGCUUGUAAUUAUUUGUGGAACUGUAAUUAUUUUUGAAAUAAUAAAACGAUCGAAGGAUUGAGUGAUGUUUGUUUGCACAGUGAAGUGAAUGCUUUUGCCUUUUUGGGUGAAAAAA